CCCAACACCGGAGGCCGGAGCCGAGGCGGAGGCCCGCGCCGGGAUGGAGUCCGAAGGCUGGGAGUGGCGCUUCGGGGGCAGCCCCGGGCGCUCCCCGCUCCGCUCUCCCCGGCCUCGGUGCCCCCCGCAGACACGCCCGGUCCCGGACCCGGUGGAGCGGCUGGACCUGGCGCAGGUGAGCAGCCUGAACGCUGAGCUGCUGGGCCUCCGCGCGCAGGAGAAGGAGCAGCUGGCCGCCCUCAACGACCGCUUCGCCUCCUUCGUGGAGCGCGUCCGCGACCUCGAGCACCGGAAUCGGGCGCUGCGGCGGGAGGCGGAGGCCCUGCGGCGGCAGGAACGAGGCCCGGCCCGGCUCCCGCAGCUCUACCGGCAGGAGGCACUGGGCCUGCGGGCGCUGCUGGAGGCCGAGGCCGGGGACAAGGCCCGCCUGGAGGCCGAGCGGGACCGCCUGCGCCAGGCCUGCGACCAGCUCCGAGAGCGAUGCGCCCUCCAGGCCCGACGCCGCCGGGAGGCCGAGGAGGGACUGCGCCGCCUCCGCCACGACGCCACCCGAGCCGCGCUGGCCGCCUGCCAGGCCGAAGGGGCGGCCGGGUCGCUCCGGGCCGAGCUGGCCUUCCUGCAGAAGCUGCUGGCCGAGGAGCGGGCAGAGCUGGAGGCCCAGGCCCAGGCUCAGGCGGCGGCGGGGUCCAUCGGGGCGGCGGCGGGGGCUUCGGCCGCAGCGGGGCACGCCAAGGCGGACCUGUCGGCGGCGCUGCGCGAGAUCCACGUCCAGUACGAGAACCUGGCGGCCAAGAACCGGGAGGCGGCCGAGGAGUGGUACCGCUCCAAGUUUGCCUCAGUGGCCGAGCUGGCCGGGCGGAACCAGGAGGCCGUGCGCAGCAUCCGCCAGGAGACCGUCGAGUACCGGAGGCAGCUCCAGACCCGCUCCGCCGAGAUCGCCACGCUCCGCGCCACCAUCGACUCCCUUCAUCGGCAGCUCCAGGCCCUCGAGGACCGGCAGGGCUCCCAAGUGGCCCGCUGCCAGGAGAGAGUGGCAGAACUGGAGCAGGAGAUUUCGGAGGCCAAGGAGGAGAUGGCGCGAUACCUGCAGGAAUACCAGGAGCUGCUGAAGGUCAAGAUGGCGCUGGACGUGGAGAUCGCUGCCUACAGGAAGCUGCUGGAGGGGGAGGAGAUGUGGUGGAGCUCGGCGUCCUCCUGGCCGGCUGCGACCCAGUGACCCCACUGACCCCACUGGGGCCCACCCCUCAUGGCCUGGUUCAUCUCCAUCGGCACCCCUGCCUCCCUCUCCCCACUGUCUAGGCAGAGGAAUGGCGCCUGGAAGCUGGGGGCCUCCCCGGGCCAGAUAUGAUUGGAGGCAUGGGAGGAGCAAGGCUCUCCCCCCCCCCACACCUUCCAUGGGACCACCACCCUUUGGGCAGCUGUGAGAGGGACGCGAGUGUGUGGCCACCCUCCUGGCAGCUGGGGGCAGCCCCUCUGCUCUGGGCCCCAGAUCUCCUCCCAAAAAUAAAGAUCCCUAGCAAACCCAGUCAAGGUCCGCGCUGCAAACAGAGGGCAGGAGCAGCGAAGUUGGGGUGAAAGAAGGCAGCACCCACAGUGGCAAUCCCGCCUCCCUCCCCAAAUGCAGGAAAACCUCAAUGUGUGGGGAGGGAGGAAUGGGGACCCUUGGCAGGAACCCCCUUUGCCUCCCGGUUGAAGGGCUCCAUUGCUCAGAGAGCAUUUACAGGGCACCCCCCCAAGGCUAGGGUCCUCGCGAUCCCCUCCUCUCCCCCCCCCCCCACAGUCCUUUCAACUGUCUUCCUGUGUGGGAGGGGGUCCCAAUCCAGGCCCAGGGGUCUUCCUCCCCCUCUUCCCCCAAGUGAUACGUCCUGGGAAACCAGAGCAGCAACCACAAGCCCCUCGGCCCCUCAGGGUCUCUGGGGUGAAACCGCACGAAGGCCGGCCGCCCUCAGCCUCUGGGGCUCAGGCAGCGAGGGCUGGGGGGCGGGGCGGCAGGCAAUCUGCUCCCCAGAGCCCCCAUGGAGGGGCAGGGUCGGUGCCCCAAAGUUAGGGGCACCCCCGAGUGAGGAUGCCAGAAAACGGCCCUCUCCACACUGGGGCGCGAAGUUGCCCCUUGAGCCCUCCUCCACCUAAGUAACAAUUCCCCCUAAUUGACCCCCACCUACCAGUGAGGAAGCCCCUGCUGAAGCCUCUUCCCCCUUCCCCAAACCUUAGGCCCAGCUGAGGGGGAGCCCUUGGGGCGAGGAAGGGACCGGGAGGGGACGCCCCCCUUGCUUGCCCCCUCUGGACCAAGAUGGGUGGGAUUGUGAGGGGGGUCUCCGUGCUGCUGCUGCUGCGCCUCCUGAAAAAGGGACCAGCUCCCCUCGGGAGGGGAGGGGGCUUUGAGCUGCUUGGCUAGGAUUACAACUCCCAUCAGCCCCAGACAUCGCCCUCCCCGACAAUCUUUGUUGUGGGAUUCUGCGUAAGGGCCUCGGGGUUAUUAGGGGAGAGGAGCGUAAGCACAAAAUGGCCAGCUAGGACCCAUGUCCCCCGGCCCCUGCCCCCGACAUUCCCAUUCCAAGUCCGACUCCGACAAAUCCAGGCCAAUAAAGCGCCGUGA